AUGAGCACCACAGCAACUGUGCAACUGCGGACGUUGAUAGCCGGUCCGACCACUGCGAGAUUGUUUCAGCAGUCAUGCUUGAAAACAUCCCUGCGUCCAUCCGCUGCAGUGACAAUAGGCCUUCGAAGCGCCGCCGCACUGCCAUUCCGCAACCAUGGCGUCCCCAACAGUUCGCGGUACUUCUCAACCACGUCGUCUAAUAAGCUGCGAGAGUUCUUUCCUCCGCCAAAGACACCUCAUGUUGUGGAAACCGAAUCACAUUUCAAACACCCUGUUUUCACUGAGAAAGAAAUGAAGGAUAUCGUCAUUGCACAUCGACAAACGAAAGAUUGGUCGGAUUGGAUCGCCCUGGGCACCGUCCGAAUGCUCCGCUGGGGUAUGGAUCUCGCAACUGGCUAUAAGCACCCGCCAACUGGGAAGGAGCAAAAGAACGUGAGGCCAUUCUCCAUGGACGAGCGUAAAUGGAUCAUUCGAUUCAUUUUCCUAGAGACAGUUGCGGCCGUGCCAGGAAUGGUCGGUGGGAUGCUGCGCCAUAUGCGUAGUUUGAGAAGAAUGAAAAGAGAUCUUGGAUGGAUUGAGACUCUUCUCGAAGAAGCAUAUAACGAGCGCAUGCAUCUUCUCACCUUUUUGAAGCUCGCCGAGCCCGGCUGGUUCAUGCGUUUUAUGGUCCUUGGUGCGCAAGGCGUGUUCUUCAACGCGUUUUUCAUCUCUUACCUCUUGUCCCCCAGAACGUGCCACCGCUUUGUCGGAUACCUUGAAGAAGAAGCAGUCUUAACAUACACUCAUGCUAUCAACGACCUGGAGUCUGGCAAACUGCCGAGAUGGCAAGACAUGAAGGCCCCUGAUAUCGCAGUCACGUACUGGAAGAUGCCCGAGGGCCACCAGAAAAUCCUGGAUCUGUUGUACUAUAUCCGCGCCGACGAGGCCAAACACAGAGAGGUCAACCAUACUCUAGCCAAUUUGGACCAGAAGUACGACCCUAACCCUUAUGCCUCCAAAUACGACAAUCCACAGGAACCCCAUCCGACAAAAUCCGCAUCCAUCAUGAAGCCAACGGGGUGGGAAAGAAAGGACGUCAUUUAA